AUGGGAAAGAAGAAACGUUCUAGUGAUAGUUCUUUGAACAGCGAAGUUAUAAGUUCUUCCUCUAAAGACGUGUCUUCUAGCCGUUCUGAAUUAGAUAACAUUCCUGAAAAUAUCCACAUUUUUAAAAAUCCUAAGUUUGUUCUUGCCAAAGCUGCCGGAAAGAAAAAUCGUGUCUGGAAAUCCUUGCGCCAGAUAGCUUCUGCAGAAAAAGCUCUUUCUCGAGCUGUUACUUAUUCAAGCAUUGAUUCACCCGUUUCUCUAAAACCACCUAAAAAGUACUCUGAUAUUAGUGGAUUCGAAGCUAAAUACACUGAUCCACAAACUAAAAUGCGAUUUUCUAAUGCUGCAGAAUUUCAAAUUAUUCGGUCACUUCAGCCAGAAACUGUAAAUAACUACCUAUCUCUUCGUAAAGCAAACUUAAUGUGA